GCUUAUCUGAGUGGUGAUGUGUUGAUCUGAUAUAUAUAAGUCAAAGACACCUCGACCGCCGCCUAAGGCUUGGGAUAUACUACACAACCAUUAAACAACAUCAGCCUCAUACAUCGCCAACAAGAUGGCGGACCAGAUGGCAUUCCUCCUUUUCGGAGACCAGAGUCUCGACACUCAUGGCUUCCUAGCCGACUUUUACAGACAAGGGAACCCGAGUGUUCUCUCAAAGGAAUUCCUCCGACUAGCCGGCGAUGCCCUAAGAGAUGAGAUAGACAGACUACCUCGAGAAGAACGACGAAAGGUCCCGAUAUUCAGAACACUACAACAGCUCAACGAGCGAUACCACGCACAACCCAUUAAGUUUCCAGGAAUCGAUAGCGCCCUAUUAUGUAUAGCACAGCUAGCACAUUAUAUCGACCGCUCCGAGAAGGAACACGGAGAUGUUACCGACAAGAAGAACACGAAACUUUCCGGUCUUUGCACAGGUCUCUUCGCGGCAACCGCUAUCGCGUCGAGCCCCUCGCUCUCCACCCUUCUCCCGAUCGCCGUCCAAACCGUCUUGAUGGCAUUUAGGACAGGAUCCCACGUGGCUUCGUUAGCAGAAAGACUUAGCCCAUCAACUGACAAGUCGGAAAGUUGGACGUAUGUUCUACCUGCCGCUCAGGAAGCGGAGGCAAAGUCUAUUCUCGCAGAGUUCCAUAAGGAAGAGGGAAUUUCACAAGCUUCACACGCAUAUGUGAGCGCCGUUUCCGCGAAUAACAUCGCGAUAUCUGGUCCGCCAGCUACGCUGCGGUCUUUGUUUAGCAAAGAUUUGUUUGAAUCUAGACCCACAGCCAUCCCAGUAUAUGGCCCAUACCAUGCUCCACAUCUGCAUGGUCUCGUCGACAUUAGGAAGAUGCUGAGGCUUGACGAUGAGGCUGUUACCGCGGCAUUGGUAGGAUCAAAACCCGAGAGCGUAGUUAUGUCCUGCGUCACUGGUUUACCAUUCCCCGAGACGGAUACCAAGUCACUUCUAACGGCUGUGGUUCACGAGAUCCUCAAUGAAGCCCUAAUUUUCCACAAGACUCUAAGCGGAAACGCUGAUGAGGCGCGGGGAUUCAAGGGAUCCCGUAUUUUAGUGAUUCCAUUUGGCCCAACGCAGGCUGCCAGUACCUUGGCCAAUGUCUUGCGAUCACAGACUCAGGCAGAAGUUAUUCUGAGGCCGCCGCCUCAAGUUUCUCGUGAAACUACGGCAACAUCCAUCGGAAAUCAUGGAUCGUCUGGCAACUGCAAGCUUGCGAUUGUUGGUAUGGCAGGUCGCUUUCCAGACUCGGCUAGUCAUGAGGCACUCUGGGAGCUUCUUGAAAAGGGUAUAGACGCUCAUCGUGUUGUGCCUGCGGAUCGGUUCCCGGUUGAAACUCACUAUGACCCGACUGGAAAGGCAAUCAACACAAGCCACACGCCUUACGGUAACUGGAUUGAGAACCCCGGUCAUUUCGACCCGCGGUUUUUCAACAUGUCGCCUCGGGAGGCUUUUCAAACUGAUCCUAUGCAGCGGAUGGCUUUGACCACUGCUUAUGAAGCCCUUGAGAUGUCCGGCUAUGUUCCCAACCGGACACCAUCGACAAGGUUAGACCGCAUCGGAACCUUCUAUGGCCAGACAUCUGAUGACUGGCGAGAGAUCAACGCCGCCCAAGAGGUUGAUACAUAUUACAUUACAGGAGGCGUGAGAGCCUUCGGACCGGGUCGAAUCAAUUACCACUUUGGUUUCAGUGGUCCCAGUCUGAACAUCGACACAGCUUGUUCAUCUAGUGCCGCCGCUCUUCAGGUCGCUUGCACGUCCCUUCGAGCGAAGGAGUGCGACACAGCUAUUGUCGGCGGUCUCUCCUGUAUGACAAACUCGGACAUUUUCAGCGGAUUGAGCCGAGGCCAGUUUCUCAGUAAGGAACAUAACUGCAACACAUUCGACAAUGACGCAGAUGGAUAUUGCCGCGCCGAUGGCUGUGCUUCAGUCAUCGUGAAGCGGCUCGACGAUGCAAUUGCCGACAAAGACAACAUUCUCGCAGUUAUCCUCGGCGCCCAAACCAACCAUUCAGCGGACGCUAUUUCUAUCACACAUCCGCAUGGGCCGACACAAUCCAUCCUUUCUUCAGCUAUCCUAGAUGAAGCCGGUGUCGAUCCUCUUGACGUGGAUUAUGUAGAAAUGCAUGGCACUGGCACUCAGGCUGGUGAUGGAACUGAAAUGGUGUCCGUCACCGACGUUUUCGCUCCGGCUAACCGGCACAGACCGGCUGACAGACCUCUCUACCUUGGCGCUGUGAAAGCGAACGUAGGUCACGGUGAAGCUGCGUCCGGUGUUACUGCUCUUAUUAAGGUCUUGAUGAUGCUCCGAAAGAAUGCCAUUCCACCACAUAUUGGCAUUAAGAAGGAGAUCAACAAGACUUUUCCAUCAGAUCUUGGAGCGCGCGGCGUAAACAUCGCGUUUCACAAGACACCAUUCACCAGGAAGGACGGGAAGCCGAGACGAGUUUUCGUCAACAACUUCAGCGCUGCUGGUGGUAACACUGGUCUUCUGCUUGAAGAUGGUCCUCGCUACAAGACUGCUACUUUGGAUCCUCGUACCCAGCAUGUUAUCACCGUCACUGCCAAGUCGAAGGCUGCUAUGAUCCGAAAUGCUGAAAAUCUUGUCAAAUGGAUGGAAGAGAACCCUUCUACUUCUGUUUCUCACGUCGCAUACACUACGACUGCUCGUAGGAUCCAACACUAUUGGCGUAUGAACGUGACGGCCUCUAGUCUUAUUGAAGCCCAAGAAGCAAUCAAGGAACGCCUAAAGUCUAACUUUGUCCCUGUCUCCCCUGAACAACCUAAGGUUGCAUUCCUAUUCACGGGUCAGGGUUCUCACUACGCUGGUCUCGGUAGGGAUCUUUACGCACACUAUUCCAUUUUCCGCCAGGCUAUUAAUGAAUACGACCAACUCGCUCGUAUUCAUGGUUUCCCAUCCUUCAUCCCUCUCAUCGAUGGCACAGAGCCCGAAGUGCAGAAGCUCUCUCCUGUAAUUGUCCAAUUGGGCUUGGCUUCUUUCGAGAUGGCUCUAGCCAAGCUUUGGAUGUCCUGGGGCAUUCAACCUAGUGCCGUCCUCGGUCACAGCUUGGGCGAGUACGCGGCUCUCCAUGUCGCCGGCGUUUUGUCUGCUAGCGAUACCCUCUACCUAGUUGGCGCUCGUGCUGAGCUCCUUGUCGAGAAGUGCACUGCUGGUACUCACGCGAUGUUGGCCGUUCAAGGCUCUGUUGAGACUGUUACAGAGGCGCUUGGCGACCGUGCAGCAACAACCAACAUUGCUUGCAUCAAUGGUCCGCGAGAGACAGUUCUCAGUGGUACCUCUACAGAGGUAGCUGAGAUUGCCGAGCAACUUGGCAAUGCUGGUUUCAAGUGCACACAACUCAAGAUACCUUUCGCUUUCCACUCUGCCCAGGUUGAACCAAUUCUGGAUGAGUUUGAGCAGCUCGCCCGCUCAGUUCACUUUCAUGAGCCCAAGGUGCCAGUUAUUUCUCCCCUUCACGGCAAGCUACUUGAUGGUGAGCCGAUCAACCCUACCUACCUUCGCAACCAUGCCCGCGACGCUGUCAAUUUCCUUGGUGGCCUUGUUUCCGCUCAACAAUCUGGCGUUAUUGAUGAGAAGACGGCCUGGCUCGAGGUUGGCCCACACCCCGUGUGUGCUAACAUGGUUAAGGCAGCCUUCGGGGCUACGACAAUUGCUGUACCAACUCUGCGCCGCAAUGAGGCUACCUACAAGACUCUCAGUGCAACUCUAUGCACACUUCACUCCGCUGGCUUGAACCUUGACUGGAACGAGUUCCAUCGCGACUUUGACGUGUCAGUACGUCUUUUGGACCUACCGACCUACUCUUUUGACUUGAAGAACUACUGGCUGCAGUACACUGGCGACUGGUGUAUUACUAAGAACCGGGGCGCAUUGGCUGCUCCUAAGGCUAUCGAGCCAGCCAGGCCGAAAUUGUCCACUACUAGCGUCCAGAAGAUCACUAAGGAAGAAGUCAAGGGCGAUGUUGCUAUUCUUGAGACUGAAUCCGAUCUAGCUGAAGAAAACCUUCGAAAGAUAUGUCUUGGCCAUCGUUGUAACGGUGUCUGUUUGACUCCAUCGACUCUCUACGCUGAUAUGGCCGAGACCAUCUGCGAGUAUGCCUAUCAGCUCCUUCGUCCGGAUGUUAAGGAUAUUGGUAUGAAUGUCGCCCACAUGGAAGUUACCAAGACUCUUCUUUUCGACGCCAAGGCAUCGAGUCAAGUAUUGCGGAUGGAAGUCAAGGCCAAUGCUGCUGAGAAUGUGGCUGAUAUUACUUUCUUGACCGGUGAAGGUGCCAAGAAAACUGAGCAUGCUGUCUGCAAAGUUUACUACGGCAAUAAGCAAGACUGGCUGGAUGAAUUCGAACGUGUCAACUACUUGAUCAAAGGACGUAUUGACGCGCUCAAAGCUGCCGAGGAGCGCGGCGAGGCUUCGAAGGUCGGCCGAGGUAUUGCUUACAAGCUCUUUACUGCACUUGUGGACUACGCUCCUCAAUACCAAGGCAUGGAAUCUGUCAUCUUGAACAGCGAAACCUGCGAGGCAAGCGCCAAGGUUGUGUUCCAAACUUCGUCAGAAGACGGUACCUUCCGUACCCCUCCAUACUGGAUCGACUCAGUCUGUCACAUCUCUGGCUUCAUCGUAAACGGUACCGAUGCUGUUGAUUCACGUGAGCAAGUCUUCAUUUCCCAUGGUUGGGGUAGUAUGAGGUUUGCCGAGCGACUCGAUCGCUCCAAGUCAUACCAGACCUACAUUCGCAUGCAGCCUGUCAAGGGUACCAAGAUGAUGGCUGGUGAUGCUUACAUCUUUGAUGGAGAUAAACUCAUUGCUGUCGGCGGCGACAUUCGCUUCCAGUCCAUCCCCCGCAAGGUCCUCAACGUCGUUCUCCCCAACCCUAACGCUGUUGCUGCUCGACCCGCCCCAGCUGCCAAACCUGUGGUCGCCAAAGCCCCUGCGAAAGAGAAGAAGCAAGUGACUAAGUCUAAUCUUCCAGCCGUCAACAAGAAAUUGGCCCAGACCUCCGUUGUUUCCCAAGUAAUGGAAAUCGUUUCGAAGGAGACUGGUGUCAGCCAUGAUGAGUUAGCGGAUAACAUCGCCUUCGCUGAUCUUGGUGUCGAUUCUCUGAUGGGUCUUACUAUUAGCGGCCGUCUUCGUGAGGAACUCGAGCUUAACAUUGAUUCUCACGCCUUCAAUGACCAUGCCACUAUUGGCGCCUUCAAGAAAUUCCUCGCUCAGUUUGAAACCGCAGCACCCGCUGUCGUUCCGGAGUCUAGUGGUUCCAGUGGCACGUCCGACAGUGACGACGAUAUCGAGUCGGACUCUGAGGUCACCACGCCUGGCGAGAGUGACAAGGGUUCAGUGAAGGAAGAUUCGGCGCCGGGUGACUCUGGAAGCAACAGCGAGCUUCAGCAGAUCGUGCGUGACACCAUUUGCGCUGAGAUGGGUGUCGAGGUCGAGGAAGUGAUUGCUGCUCCUGAUCUAGCUGCAUUAGGCAUGGACUCGCUAAUGAGCUUGUCUAUCCUCGGUAUCCUUCGUGAGAAGACUGGCCUUAGCAUCCCCGCUGAUCUCCUGGGCCACAACCCAUCCCUUAAAGAUAUUGAGCGGACGCUUGGUAUCGAGGACAAGCCUAAGCGUGCCGCACCCGCACCUAAGCCCACUGCUACAAAGACCAAGAAGACCGAGACCAAGACGAUCACCAAGACUGAGACCGUGACCGUUACUAAAUCGUCAGUUCCUGACGCCUACCCUCACCGGAAGGCAACAUCCGUCCUUCUCCAAGGCAACCAUCGCACUGCCACUAAGCAGCUCUUCAUGAUCCCUGACGGAAGUGGCAGCGCUACAUCCUACACGGAGAUCUCGGAGCUUGGCCCAGAUGUUGCUGUUUGGGGUAUGUUCUCACCUUUCAUGAAGACCCCUGAGGAAUACAAGUGUGGUGUGUACGGGAUGGCGACCAAAUUCAUCCAUGAAAUCAAGCGUCGUCAGCCUGAAGGCCCCUAUGCUGUCGCCGGUUGGUCGGCAGGUGGAGUGAUUGCAUAUGAAAUCGUCAACCAACUUACCAAGGCCGGAGACGAAGUUUCUAACCUUAUCAUUAUUGACGCUCCAUGCCCCAUCACUAUUGAGCCUCUGCCAGCCGGCCUCCACGCCUGGUUCGCGGAGAUCGGCCUUCUAGGAGAGGGCGAUGGACCUGAGGAGAAGAAGAUUCCGUCUUGGCUUCUCCCUCAUUUCGCAGCAUCGGUUACGGCCUUGUCCAACUACACUGCCGAGCCGAUUGCAAAGGAGAAGUGCCCCAAGGUUACGACUAUCUGGUGUGAGGACGGUGUCUGCAAGCUACCCACCGACCCUCGACCCGACCCUUACCCUACCGGCCAUGCCCUCUUCCUUUUGGACAACCGAACCGACUUCGGCCCUAACCGCUGGGACGAGUACCUCGACAUUGAGAAGAUGACUUUCCACCACAUGCCCGGCAACCACUUCUCGAUGAUGCACGGUGACCUUGCCAAGCAGCUUGGUACCUUCAUGAAGGAAGGCAUCCACUCCUAAACUUCUCAUUUCUCUUAACCUCGUUCGCUUCAUCUCCGCCCAUUCUCUUGUACAUAGCAUCAUUCAAGCCCACGCUCCUUUAGUUAGCAUGGCUGAUGGCAAUUUGGGUUAUAAUAUCGGUGGACUCUUAACAGCCUAAGAUAGGCAGCUGGCGUUGAAUUUGGGAAGAAGACUGGGACUUAUAGACGUAUCGCAGCUGCUUGGUGCAUAUCAUAGGGUUAUCAUUAUGUACUCAAUAGGCCUCUCAUUAGACGAGGAGCUCAAUACACACAAAUUCGAGUAUCAAAGCUUAUUUAUAGAUUCCUCAAGUUCUCCC